AUGUCCCCUGCACGUAUCGCAGAGGGCUCCGAGCAAGACAAACAAAUCUUAGCUCUUGCCAGAGGCUUUGAUACUCUUAUUGAAACCAUUCAGAAACUGACAUGGCAGGAAAGAGAGUUACGGAGCAAACUGCAGUUUGCUCAUGAUGAGUACCUGAAGCUCGCCGAUCAGCUCCCUAAUCGAUCAACUUCUAGAACAGAAGUAGCGGAGAAGAUUUUACCCCUGCCAUUUCAAAAGAACAACUACGACGUAUCUACAGAUACCACUGGGUGGAUCUACGACGUAGAAAAAGCUGGCUACCUUGCAGCCCUAGAGUUCGAGGCAAUUGCCAAAGGACUUGACGCGUACAGAAGUUUGGCUGAUAGACGGUCCAGACGGGACAUACGGGAUGGGCAUCAUCAAAAUGCAAAUACAUGUCUUGUUGCGGUGGAUGCCGAAGCUAGGUCUUCUAUUGAGCGUGAUUUCACAACCAACGGAGUGCAGGGGAAUCUUCAGUGUCCAUUUGCCAUUCCAAAUGGCCAUGGGGCGACCCCUUCCACCUUGGCGAACGGGAAUUCAGACUCUUGUGCACAAGUUCAUGACCCUAUAAGGGCUGAAUCUCUCCAGGGUACGCAUUCUGCUUCGGUUCGGGAUGCUGUUCCCAGGUGUCCAAUUAGAUAUCUAGAUGACCACUCUCCAGAGGAAGUGGCAAAAUAUUUCCAAAACCACAAGCAUGAGAUACCUCGAAGCCACACUAUUUGUAUUCAGCGUUAUCAAAAAGAUUCGCAGAGCAUCCGCCAACUCGAUGAGAAAUAUGGUGACAUGGUCAAUAUGAUCAAGGGACUAGGGCUUUAUCAUCAACCGUAUCUUCCCUCAACCGAAGAGCAUAGUAGGCCGGGUGGCACAGAGUCUGUUUCUGUUGGAAGGGUAGAGAAGUGGGCUGAAGAUGUUAGCGCUAAGUCUCCAAAAUUAGAAGAGGUCAUGUCACCUUCCCAUGACAGAGGGGACGGUGAGGCGGAGGAAAGACGCAGUUAUUUCGAACGACCUCUGAGAGACGUUCGAGUAGGCGAGUCACCUAGUAGGCCGUGGGGAAUCCAUGUUCCAAUUUCUCAAGAAGUCGCUCAGAGUGCCAUUGUUUCCCCAAACGCACCUACGGGUGCAGAUUAUGAGAAGACUGCUCCGGAUAUCUCAUCCAUCUCAACCCCAAUUCCCAGGAAAUCGAAAACGUCACUGCCUGCGGGCCGUUGUCCAUUCCAUACUCUUACGCCUAAAGAAGUCCCUCCGAACGCUACAGCGUUUCCUGGCUCUUUGGCAGCUAAUUUAGAAACAGAAGAAAGCCCUGAGCUUCAACCACCCAACAAUCCAAAUACUCCACUCAAUCCUCAUGAAAUCAGAUCUCCUCCGUCCCCUCCUGUGCAACCGAAGAUGGUGUUUCAAGGGCCUGUGUUUUUUGGUUAUUCGGCGGAACAAGCUGCUACGCUCAUCCAGAAACUUGGCCAUUCUAGCGGGCAGAAAUGA